GGCAGCGCUCCCGGCACCCGCACCGCCUGGGGUCCUGCGGCGGGCCCCCGGCGACGCUGGCAGGAGCGGGCGGGCCCCAAGAUGGCGGCGGCGGCGGAGCGCGGCUGGCUCGGGCUGCUGCUGGGGCUGCAGGCGGUAAAUGUAUAUGGAGCACAGUUGUCAUCAGAAGCCUGCAGAGAACUGGGCUUUUCCAGUAACUUGCUCUGCAGUUCUUGCAACCUUCUCGGGCAGUUCAAUCUAAAUCAGCUGGAUCCGUUCUGCAGGCAGUGCUGCCAAGAAGAAGCUCAGCUGGAAACCAGAAAGCUUUACGCAGGAGCUGUCCUAGAAGUAUGUGGAUGAAAAUUGGGAAGGUUCCCUCAGGUCCAGGCUUUUGUCAGGAGUGAUAAGCCAAAACUCUUCAGGGGACUGCAAAUCAAGUAUGUGCGUGGUUCUGAUCCUGUACUAAAGCUGCUGGACGACAGUGGGAACAUUGCAGAAGAAUUGAGCAUCCUCAAGUGGAACACAGAUAGCGUGGAAGAGUUCCUAAGUGAAAAAUUAGAACGUCUAUAAAUCACUGCUUUUGUUCCUGUUCCCUUUUCAUGUCUUCUCAUGGUAAUCAUUUCAGAUGAAGUGAGCUACAGUUGAAAAAACAUUCCAGCUUCUAUGUUAAUUUUAAAAUAUCUAUUAUGCUGUACUAAACAUCUUGUAAUUAGAAGGGGAAGUUUCAGCACACAUCUGACAAGUUGACAAACAGAAUAGCUUGUCUUAAUAUAUUUCAGUUCUUAGUGCAUUUGUCACCAGCAAAAGGUUUUGUUUCAAACUUAAUUAUGCAAAUAUCACUCUUAUAAUUAGACCUGUUUUUACAAAUGCUCUAAAAAACUAAAGAGCUUCCAAUAAUUGAAAUGGUUACCAUGCUUCUUGCGUGCCGCUCUUUGUAAACGUGUCAGAACCAAAUGCAGUGUAAUGUCUCCCAAAGAAACUUGACUGCUAGUGCCCUCUUCUUUUUGUAUUUGAAAUGUCCUUUUUAUAGAAGCAUUGUUUACAAUGAUGAUCUAGUUGACAGGUUUUGAAGCUGAUGGAGGAACUCAUGCUCUGGUACAGUGAAACAUUUAGUAAGCACACUUUAGUGAAGACUACAUAGAAAACCCCUGAGGUGUAUGCAAGUCAGAUGUCAGGUGUGCUUUACAUUAAGUGUUUUGCUUCAGAAAACAUGAGAUGGAAGGAAAGGUUUUUCCUGGCUUGCAACUUUCACAAGUUUAUUCUAUCGAAUGAAUUUAUAAACUGUUCUUUUAAAAUAUUUUUCUUUCUCAUUUGAAAUUUAUGUAAACAAGGAAUAUAGAUAGUACAUAUGUUAGUGAGUCAAAUCUAUUAUGACUUGUCAAGUUUUUUUCUCACUUAGAGCAAAUAAACAGGGCAAGCAAGAA